CCACAUCCUCCUUCCGCCCCAUCCUCUUCCUCGGCGCGGCUUCCGGCCGGCCUCCGCCGGGGACUUUGGUCCAGCCCCGCGGCUCCCGCAGCAAUCAGCGGCCGGGGGAGGGAGGGAGGCAGCGCGGCGGCCAUCGCCCGCCCGCCCCGCCGCCCCGCCGCCCCCGCGAUGGCCUCCGCCGCGCCGCCGCCGCGCCCCAAGUCGCCCUUCAAGAAGCGCGGCAGCCUGCAGGCCCCCGGCCCCGUAGAGGGGCGCGGGGGGCCGGGCGCGCGGCCCCUGCAGUCGGCCCGCUCCCUGCCGGGGCCCCCCCACUGCCUCAAGCACUUCCCCGUGGACCUGCGCACCUCCAUGGACGGCAAGUACAAGGAGAUCGCCGAGGAGCUGUUCUGCCGCUCGCUGGCGGAGAGCGAGAUGCGCACGGCGCCCUACGAGUUCCCCGAGGAGAGCCCCAUCGAGCAGCUGGAGGAGCGCCGGCAGCGCCUGGAGCGCCAGAUCAGCCAGGACGUCAAACUCGAGCCCGACAUUUUGCUCAGAGCCAAACAGGACUUCCUGAAAAUUGACAGUGCCGCCGACCUGCAGCUCUUCAAGGAGCAGAGCGAGGACCUGGUGGACCACGUCCCCAAGGAGCGCGAGGCGCUGCUGGAGAGGGAGUUUCAGAGGGUCACCAUCUCCGGGGAGGAGAAGUGUGGGGUGCCCUUCACGGACCUGCUGGACGCGGCCAAGAGCGUGGUGAAGGCGCUGUUCCUGCGGGAGAAGUACAUGGGGCUGUCGCUGCAGAGCUUCUGCAAGACCACGGCCCGCUACCUGCAGGAGCUCUCCGAAAAGCCCCUGGAGACCCGGGGCUACGAGGAGGUGCCCGAGACCCCCGUGGCCGCCGAUGCCCCCGUGCACCCGCCGUUCGCGGACCAGCACCCCUACGAGGCGUGGGACCCCCAGGCCAUGCCGGGCGACCUCGGCUUCGGGCUCAAGAUGGUGGACGGCGUGGUGCACGUCUACACCAAGCAGGACGUCACCGACAAGAGCACAGAGCUGGACCUGCCGUACCCCGACCUGCAGGAGUUCAUCGCCGACAUGAACUUCCUCAUGGCUUUAAUCAUUAACGGACCCAUCAAAUCCUUCUGCUACCGGCGCCUGCAGUACCUGAGCUCCAAGUUCCAGAUGCACGUGCUGCUCAACGAGAUGAAGGAGCUGGCGGCCCAGAAGAAGGUGCCCCACCGCGACUUCUACAACAUCCGCAAGGUGGACACCCACAUCCACGCCUCGUCCUGCAUGAACCAGAAGCAUCUCCUGCGCUUCAUCAAGCGGGCCAUGAAGAAGCACCUGGACGAAAUCGUCCACGUGGAGAAGGGCAAGGAGCAGACGCUCAAGGAGGUCUUCGAGACCAUGAACCUCACUGCCUACGACCUCAGCGUGGACACGCUGGACGUCCACGCGGACCGCAACACUUUCCACCGUUUUGACAAGUUCAACGCCAAGUACAACCCCAUCGGUGAGUCCAUCCUGCGGGAGAUCUUCAUCAAGACGGACAACCGCGUCUCGGGGAAGUACUUUGCCCACAUCAUCAAGGAGGUGAUGUCCGACCUGGAGGAAAGCAAGUACCAGAACGCCGAGCUGCGGCUCUCCAUCUACGGCCGGUCCCGCGACGAGUGGGACAAACUGGCCCGCUGGGCCGUGAACCAUCGCGUUCACUCCAACAACGUCCGCUGGCUCGUGCAGGUGCCCCGGCUCUUCGAUGUCUACCGGACGAAGAGGCAGCUGGCCAACUUCCAGGAGAUGCUGGAGAACAUCUUCCUACCCCUCUACGAGGCCACCGUCCACCCUGCGCAGCACCCGGAGCUGCACCUCUUCCUGGAGCACGUGGACGGCUUCGACAGCGUAGACGAUGAGUCCAAGCCGGAGCAUCACAUCUUCAACCUGGACAGCCCCUUGCCGGGCAACUGGGUGGAGGAGGACAACCCGCCCUACUCCUACUACCUGUACUACAUGUAUGCCAACAUGACCGUGCUCAACCACCUCCGCCGGAAGCGAGGUUUCCACACCUUCGUGCUGCGGCCGCACUGCGGCGAGGCCGGCCCCAUCCAUCACCUCGUCUCGGGCUUCAUGGUCUCGGAGAACAUCUCACACGGCUUGCUGCUCCGCAAGGCCCCCGUGCUGCAGUACCUCUACUACCUGGCGCAGAUCGGCAUUGCCAUGUCCCCGCUCAGCAACAACAGCCUCUUCCUCAGCUACCACCGCAACCCGCUGCCCGAGUACCUGUCGCGGGGGCUCAUGGUGUCCCUCUCCACCGACGACCCCCUGCAGUUCCACUUCACCAAGGAGCCCCUCAUGGAGGAGUACAGCAUCGCCACCCAGGUCUGGAAGCUGAGCUCCUGCGACAUGUGCGAGCUGGCCCGCAACAGCGUCCUCAUGAGCGGCUUCUCCCACAAGGUGAAGAGCUACUGGCUGGGUCCCCACUACCAAAAAGAGGGGCCGGAGGGGAACGACAUCCGCCGCACCAACGUGCCCGACAUCCGCGUGAGCUACCGCUUCGAGACGCUGUGCCAGGAGCUGACGCUCAUCACGCAGGCGGUGCAGAGCGAGGAGCUGGAGCCCAUCCAGGAGGAGGACGCCCUCGCCAUCGCCGCCGCCUUCGCCGCCCAGUGACGCCCGGCCCCGACUGGGGGGACGCGUGCCACCCCGCCGCCGUCCCCGCCGUCUCCCGCGCUGCUCCUUCGCCCCUCGCCGCUGUCCCCGGUGUCGUGCUGGUGCCUCCGUCGUCGGUCGCUCUGUUUUGGGUGGGUUCAUCGGUUUGGGGUUUUUUUUUGUUUUUUAACUGGUUUUCUUGUAGCUGUGAUGUCUGCCGGGCGCGGGGGACGGGGAAGGUGGGCGAGGGGUCCCCAGUGCCACUGCCAGCCAGGGGACACCGUGGGGUCCCCAUGCUUGAUCACCGUCUCCCCCUCGAGAGGGGACAUGGGGACAAGCUACGGGAGUCGCUGCAGCCCCCAGCACCCAAACCGGGGUCUCUGCCCCCCCCCGGCUCCGCUGGCACCCUCCCCUGGGGGCUGCCACGUCCCCGUGGCCCUGGGGACACAGGGAGGCCAGCUGCAGGGGACAGCGGCCUUGGGGUGCCCGGCGGAGGAAGGGCAGGAAUCCCCCCGCCUCCUCCUCCUCCUCCUCCUCGGCCGCGGAGGCCGCAGGGAGGAAGAUGAGGGUCUAGGUCUGUGUGUGUCCCACCGUGUGCUGGGGGGGGGGGGAAAGGGGGGCACUGCGGUGCCCGGCCGGGCUUUCGCCCGUCUCGCACCCGAGGAGAAGGGGACGGUGACCGCAUUAAAAAAAAAGGAAAAAAAAAUGAAAGAAAGAAAAAAACCAAAAAAAGCAUGAGAAAUAAAGGUAUUUAAGUAAAA